AUGCAAAUUUAAUAGCAAAACAAAACAAUCUGUUUUACAAAUCGUUCAAUCACGUUGCCCUCAUCCUGUUUGUGAAAAUGCUCUCUUAAACUCGUUCUCGAUGGUUGUAUUUUCGGCGUGAUUUGCAUGCUCCGUUCAUCGCUCCGCUCGUUUUCGACGUCGGCGAGGGCGUCACACAGCAGCUGGAGAGGAGAACCACAAGUUCCUCCCCCCGAACUCCUUCCUCGGAAGCUGGAAGGCGCCGCGGGACCCGAAGGAAGCGAAGGUUACUUUUAGGGCAUUUCAAAAGCUUUCUGGAAAUCAGAUAAAUAUGUCGAAGCAAAACACUCCGAAGCAAAACACUCUCUUCUACGACUAUAUCAAUCUCAUUGCCAUGGCUGGACUUUUAGGAUUUAGGUUCUUUCCACCCAAGGCAAAGAAUUCGGUAGUUGCUGUGGGUUUGAUGGCUUCUGUCUUUGCUGCCGACUUCUACACCAGGUGGGCUAUUCGACGCGAUGAACUGCAGGUAGCAAUUGAUAAGUUUGAAUCUGACAAGAGCAAGAAGGAGGGUGAAGCCAACAUUCCAUCUAAGGUCUAAAGCUCAUUCGUUACUUUUGGUCUGUAAUCAAGCGUUUUACUCAGCUUGAGAGUUAAAACGAAGAAUGAUAACCUAGAGCUAAUAAUUUCAAGCAGCUUUAUGUUUAAUAAUGUGUGGUAGGGAAACUAUAAUUGAGACCCUGUUUUGGCCUU